UGACGAAAUUCAUUUAGAAAGUUCAGAAAAGGGAGGAAUCGUGCCGACAUGGGAGUGGGUGGUGGAAAAGUACACGUAGCUUAGCAAGAACUAUAAGUAGAAGGGACCGCCGGAGGACGGUCGCAAGCACAGAGAAAAGCCUGAGAAAUGGAGGAAGCCAAAGGUCUAGUGAAGCAUGUGCUGCUGGUGCGGUUCAAGGAUGAUACGACGCCGGACCAGAUCGAAGAACUCAUCAAGGGCUUCGCCAAUCUCGUCAACCUCGUCCCCCCCAUGAAGUCUUUCCACUGGGGAAGGGAUGUGAGCAUCGAGAACGCCCAUCAAGGCUUCACGCAUGUGUUCGAGACGACGUUCGAGAGCACCGAGGGGAUAGCGGAGUACUUACCUCAUCCGGCCCACGUCGAGUUCUCGAAACGGUUCCUCCCCAGGUUGGAGAAGGUCCUCGUGGUCGACUUCAAGCCGACCACCGUUCGUACUUAAAAAUCGAUUCAAAUCGCACCAUGUUCCGUAUAUGUCGUGCUUAAAUAAAAGU